AUGGUGCCCACUCUUGGGCAAGGCUCAGUCAACGGUGGUGUGGAGAAGCAGGAAGAGGAGGAGGUUCCCCUGCCCGGGCCGGGCUCCCAGCCGCUGGCCCCGUGCCAGGCUCGCCGCCGAGUGCGGGCAGCGAGGUGGGGCGAGCGGAGGCGGCGCCGAGGACGUGGCCGGGCGCCCCGGGCGCUAGCCGGACCCAGGCCCCCGGAAGGGGAGCCCAGACCUGCGGGGACCCGCGAGGACGCGCCGGCCUUCCCCCGAGUCCCCCUCCAGGCCCUGGGCCGGCCCCGGGCCCGCGCUCCUGCCCCCCAAGGCGGGGCCUGGCGGGCGCAGCCUCAGUUUCCCCGGCUGUCUCUGCGGCCGCCGCCGCGGACCCCGGCCCCUGCUCGGACCCGGACGCGGACCCGGAGGCGGACCCCAGACCCCGGCCCCUGCUCGGACCCGGACCCGGACCCGGAGGCGGACCCCAGACCCCGGGCCCUGCUCGGACGCGGACCCGGAGGCGGACCCCAGAUCCCGGCCCCUGGCUGGGACCCGGACGCGGACGCGGACCCCAGACCCCGGGCCCUGCUCGGACCCGGACCCGGAGGCGGACCCCAGAUCCCGGCCCCUGGCUGGGGCCCGGACGCCGACCCGGACCCCAGACCCCGGGCCCUGGCUUGGCCGGGAACUCGGACCCAGACCCGCACGCGGACUGAGACCUCGACCCGGACCGCUGCGCGGCUCAGGACUUGGGCCCGGGACCCCGGCUUGGACCCCGAUCUCUGCCCUUCGCAGACCCGACCGCGGACUCCGACUCCGACUCCAGGCCUCGGUUCGGACCCCGGACCCCGUCCUGCCCCCUACGGACCCGAUGCCCGGCUCGGGGAGACCCAGCCGCAGGCUCGGACUUCAGGCUGGGCUCUGCGCGGGAUGCGGACCGCAGGCCCCAGGCCCCAGGCCCCAGCCCCGCUGCCGCACAGCCCCGCCCGGGCCCCUCCAGGACCCUGCCCUAGGUCCUGCGCCGCGAGCCCCGGGGCUGCCUGGUGGAGGCGCUCGCGGGCCUUCCCGCCGCCACCGGAGCUGCUGCAGGCACAACCCUGUCCCUGCCCAGCCCGGACUCUGGCACCCCUGGGGCUGCAUGAGACUAGCCCCGGCUGGCGGAUGAGCCUGGUCCGCGGACAGACCAAUGCGGAUGUCUGGACCUGGGCCCCGGGCCAGCCCUCCCGAUCCCGUGCACCCCGCCCCCCACCACACCUGGCACCGCGCCCCUCCCUCCGCCGGACGGGCGCUGUCAGCAAAGCCGCCGCGGGGUCGCCUGGCACGCACCCUGCCCUGGGGGAAGGCCGCCGCCGCCGUCGACCCCGAGCCCUGGCCCGGGACUUUGUCCAGAGCUCCGGGGCACACGCCGGCCCCUGCAGUGCCGAGCCGGCCACCCUAGCGGCCGUCCGCGGCGCGCCCGGGUCUGCGCGCAGGCCGGAGACCGUCGGUCCGCCCCGGGUCCCUGAGCGGGGCCAGAGCCUGCGCGCGCGCCCCUCCUGCCCGCAAUCAUGGCAGCCGGCGCCUCGGAACGCAGCCGCCGAGCGCGCUCCGGCAGCAGCCUCCGUGCCAGGGCGGCCGGGCGAGCAGGGACCAGGGCUCGCGCCCGCCCGCCCCCGCAGCCGCGCGGCCCCGGGACGCGAUGCUGGAGGCCGAUGGGGGUCCUCGCGGCGCGGUGCCCCCUGGCCGCGCCGGCAGGCGGGCGGGGCAGCGGGCCGGGGGCGCGCGGCGGGGAGCGCCGGGGGUGGCGUGCCCGCGGGGGCGCGCACGCGGGCCUGCGGGGCGAGGCGCGGGGUUCGGGCGGCGAAUCCGCUGCUCGAGCCGCCCGCCCCGCCCGCGCGCGCCGGCCCCCGGAGGAGGCAUGCACCGGGCGCGCGGCGCGUCUGUGCCAAGCCGCCGCCGCCGCAUUCGGCGCCCGGGCCGCGCCAGACGAGCGGCCGCGCGGCAGCCGGGCCCGCGCUGUCCCCGCGCCCGCCCGGCGGCGCCCAUUGUGCCCGGGCCGCGCCGCGGGGCCGCCCCGAGCCCGCCCGCAGCCCUCAGCGCGCCCGACGGCCGGGCUUUGCAAGUUGCGGCCCGCGCCUCCCGCCGGCCCGGGAAGCACGUGAACUUGGAGAAAGUCGCGGGGCGCGCCGGCCCGGACCUCCGCGGCAGGGCGUGGGCGUCCCCGGCCCGGCGCGCUUUCGUUUUCGUCGGGGACAAAGGUCCCCCGAGGCGCUAGUCGCGGACGCGGAGACCGGGUGCUGUCCGCCGCUCCUCGGAGAGGUCCGGCGGCUCCGUACGGGCAAGCCGGGGUCAGAAGAGGAGGAGCGGCGCGGUGCGGGACAUGGGCGCUGGGGCCUGGCCGUGCGCCUCGCCCGGCCGUCUCUCCGUCCCGGAGCCGUCCCGCCCUGCGAAGAGUUGCGGGAGAUGGCACCGCGCUGCGCUCUGCGGUUUACACGCGCAAGGAGGGAAGCGUUUCGGACCAGGACUCAGACCCGUGGCCCAGGGCCUGUGCGGUGCAGGCACGAGAGCGCAGCGCCGGCCGCGUCCCCGCGCGCUCCUCCGCCAAGGGCAGGGCAGUCGACCUGCGUGUCCCGGGUCACCAUCGGGUUCCGGGGAGACUCCUGA